AUGGGUUGCGACGCGCCAACAUGCCUCAAGUUUCUCCUGUUUAUAUUCAACCUGGUCUUGACGUUCCUUUUUCUCCUUCUCGCGAUAUUCGGCUUCCUGAUACGAUUCUCCCCACGGAUAGUGAUUGCCUACAUGCAACAGCUGUUGGACGAAGCCGUGCCCGAAGCAAACGCUGAGAACUUGGCAAAAUUCUUUAUGGAAAAUGACUUACCAAUUGCUCUGACGCUCAUUAUUGUCGGCAUCUGCUGUGCUCUCUUCUGUUUCUUGGGAGCUCUGGCCGCGUGCUGUGGUUGCAGAGGAGUACUUAAAUUCCACGCGGCCAUUCUCGCCUUGCUUAUCAUAGCUUCGUCUAUCGCCACUGGUGUCGUUUUUGGCACGAAUGAAAGUCUGCAAAAUACCGUCGAUGCGCUUAUGAUGCGGACCCUGCAGGGUGCCUACGUGGAUCAAACAGCGAAUUCUCCCGGUACUUACGUGUGGUACCUAAUCAUGACGAAAGACAACGUGACAUGCUGUGGCAUGAACGGCUACACCGACUUUGGAUCAAAGAGUCCGUCCUGCUGUUUUAUGCUAAUAUGA